GUGCCUCUUACAAUUGUCAUUCGCCGGUCUUCAGCCAUCGAUGACAGUCUUAUCUGUUAUCUGAGCGGUCGUCGAGUGCAAUCAAAAUGGGUCGUCUAUUAAAAAUUACGAUAAUUCUGUUAGUAGCAGAGAGCAAUGUCAAUUUUAGGGUGUUCGCUAAAGACUCGUCAGUUGUGGCAAAAGCAUUUGAAUCAAACGGAGUUGUGCCUGAUGUAAUUCCUAAAGCUCCUUCGUGCUUAGUCAAGGUGAAAUACCCAAGCGGUGUUGAAGUAAACCUUGGCAAUGAGCUCACUCCAACGCAAGUGAAGGAUAUACCAUCCGUGACGUGGGAAGCCGAAACUAACAGUUACUACGUGCUCGCCAUGACGGAUCCAGAUGCGCCAUCCCGCAACGAACCAUCCCUGCGCGAAUGGCACCACUGGCUGGUUGGCAAUAUUCCCGGAAACAACCUGGCUUCAGGCGAAACCCUCUCCCAGUACGUCGGCUCUGGACCUCCGAAGGGGACAGGCCUGCAUCGCUACGUGUUCCUUGUUUACAAACAGCCUGGGAAACUGACUUUCGAUGAGCCACGUCUUACCAACAAAUCUGCCGAUAAUCGUGGAGGUUUCUCGAUCGCCAAAUUCGCAGCGAAAUAUAAUCUUAGCGACCCCAUUGAAGGCAACUUCUAUCAAGCCAAAUACGAUGACUAUGUACCCAUCCUGUUUAAGCAACUUCGACCUUAAGCAGCAUCGAAACUGUACUUUGAUUCUGUUAUUAAUAUUAUAGCAUUUGUUUAAUAUUGUUACUAUAUUUUUUUUAUAAAAUAAAGAUGACGAAACUAUCAUU